AUGCUUAAAAGAGAUAGUUUAUCAAAUCUCCAUAGUAAAGAAACACGAAGGUUUUCUAUUCACAAUAAAGAUAUCUUCAAGUAUGAUUAUCCAGAAUACUUAAAUUUAUGCUUAGAGGAAUAUAGAAAUAAUAUAUAUGAUUUAGAUCUAAUUAAUGAUAAUGAAGAAUGUACACGUGAAGUGGUUAAUUAUUAUAAUUAUAUAUACGGGAACUAUUAUGAGAAUGUUCUAAAUGUUUUUGAAAACAACCCCAAUGAAAAGACAAUUGUAAAUGAAAGUUAUUUAUUGAAACUUGAUUUAUUAAAUAAACGACAUAUUGAAUCUUUAUAUAAUAUCAGUAUUUUAAGUAUAUCAGAUAAAUUAAAAUAUUAUAUGUUAAGAGGUGAAGUUAAAAAGAAUAAGGAUGAUAUAAUUGAAGACGAUAAAUUAAUUCAAGAAAAAAAUAAUGAAAAUAGAACACUUAAGAAAAAUUUGUUUACGAAUGAUUCUCUUAAAACAAAUAUGAAUCUAAACGAUUUUAAUAAUAAUAAAAAUAAAUUUUUGGAUAAAAAUUCAAAAUUAUAUACAAAUGAUGAAUUGUCAUCAACGGACAUGAAAAGAGAAGAAGAAUUUGAUAUAAUCAAAUAUUUAUUUUACAUUAUAAGAUUAGUUGAAUAUUCCUUAAGUUCAGAAAAUGGAAAUUUAUCUUCAUUUUAUAAUCGUUUGAAAAUAUAUUUCUUUAGAGAUAACGUUAAUGAAAACUAUUACAAUUAUAUUUAUUUAUUAACCUUGUGUUUACAUUGUCUAGAAAAUAUAACUAGUAAUAUUGUCACAUUUGACAUAAAAGAUAUAGAAAAUGAAGAAUUGAACUUAGCUAAUGAAAAAAAUAAUUCUGUUUAUUCUAGUAUAAAUAAAAUGAAUAACUCACAAAAUAGUAUUAAAAGAAAAUACAGUACUUCAAAUUUUAGAAAUUAUACUUCAUCUAAUGAAAAUAAUAACAAUUUUCAUCAAAACAAUUUAGUUACUAAUAAUAAUAAUAAUAAUAAUAAUAAUAAUAAUAAUAAUAAUAACAAUUUUUUGAGAGCAGCUUCAAAAGAAUGCAAUUCUUUUAAAAUAUAUAGCAAUCAUAUGUAUUUUUAUAAAAUAUUUUUUUAUCUUUUAAGUUUUUUAAAUUUCUAUUUAGAAGAUAUGAUAAAAGAUGGUUCCUUAUUAUAUUCUGAUAUGAUGAAAAUGCAUUCAGAAAAUAAUGCACGCAGAAACAGAAAAGAUCAAAUGUUAAAUUCAUCUAAUGUUAUAAAUGGAACAACAAAUAAUAGCAAUAUGUCAUCAUUUAUAGAUGGAAAAGAGGAAUUGUUUUUCCUAGGGAAAAAUAAAGUAUCAUACUGUAAUAUUUUAUUGAAAAGUUUAAAUAUAAUUAAUAAUUUAAUGAAUUUAGACGCUCUAAGAGAAAAAAUUAUGAAUUCAAGUAAUGAUCUUAAUGAAUUGAAAAUAUUUUUAUCCAAAUUUUAUAAAUAUUUAAAUGAAUACGAUGACAUUGAAGUUUAUAAAAAUUUUUAUAUUAGCUUAUAUAAAACUUAUAUAUUCAUUUUCCCAGAGGAAUUAGAAAAAGAAAACUAUUUUUCCCCUAUGCUACUUUUUGAAAAUAUUGUAAAUAACGGUAAUUUAAUACGAAUGAGAACUAUUGUAGAUACUCUAAUAUUUUGUUUUAAUGAUAAGAAAUUUGUUUAUUUUUUUGAAGAAAAUAUAAAUAUAACCAAAGUACUUUUUAUUUUUGUUACAUAUUCAUCCAGAUUAUUAUCAAAUAAACAAUAUGAACUUAUAACAAAUAUAUCAUUCCUUUUUUAUAUCAUUUUAAUUAAAUUCCCAAAUGUUUCAAUAACCAUAUUUCACAUUUUAAAUGAAAAUAACGAUUAUAUUAUGAAAUAUAAUGAAGAUAAAAAAUUUAAUUCCAUUUUUAGUAACAUAAAUGAACAUAUAAAUAUGCUCUUUUUAUCAACUAUACAUAAAAAUAAAAAUUUGGCAACAAUCAUAUCUCUUAUCUUCUCCAAAUUAAUAAAUCUCUAUUGUCAAUUUUCUGCUAAAAAAAACAUAGACAAUAAUAAUAAUAUAAAUAAUAAUUAUCCUUAUGGUACCCAUCUAAAUACAAAUAAUUAUGGUUUAAGAAAUUUAAACAGCUCAUAUUUGAAUGCAAAUGGACAAAAUGUUUCCAAUGUACCUGGAACUACUUUAAUAAAAAAUGCAAAUGUAAAUAACUUGAAUUAUUCAUAUGCGUCUAACAACGAAAAUGAAGGAAACAAGUUAUAUAAAGAAAUAUUUUGUAAAAUAUUUGAUAACAUAAAAAACAAUGAACGAAAUUCUGUAAUAAAAGCUAUAUUAAUUAAUUUACACAUAAUUCCCGAUGUAUAUUCAUCGAAUAAUUUAUUUCAAAUAGAAGAAAAUUCGGAAAAAACCAGAUAUAUAAUUGUUAUUAUCAACUUUUUAUUUACAUUAAUGAAAACAAAAUUUUACGACGCUAUACAUGAAAAUACUUUUGAAUAUAUAGAUUAUUUUAUUGACGAGCUAAAGAAAAGUGUUCAUAUGAAAAAUAUAAAGUUAGUAUGUGGAUACAUAUCUCUUUUAUUAAAUUAUUCAUUAAAUAAAAAAACAAAUAAUCUAAAUGAAACAGCAGAUCUAAAAUCCAGUAUAUUUAUAAAAAAUAUCCAUUAUAAUAACCAACCGAAUAUUAUAAAGAUACAUAAAGCUUUGUAUGAAUCAGGAGCGUUAACAUUUUUAAUAUCUUCUUUAUACGAAUCAAAAGAUUCAUUAAUAAUUUAUAAUUGUGUUUAUUCAAUAUCAUUCUUAUUGUAUAAAAAAUCCAUUUUAGAUUAUGAUAAAAAUAUAGAAUUAUCUAACAUGAAAAUAGCCAUUUUAAAUAUAGUUAGACAUUAUUAUAAUUUAGAUAUGUACUUAGAAAAUUAUACGGAAAAUUUUAUUGAUUACAAAGGAUUUUUAAAAGGAAAUUCAAAAAAAAAUUUAUCAUUACAUGAAGACGAUAAUUAUAACACGUUAUUAAAUAAAUUAAAUAAAAGGAAUUCAUAUGAAUGUGAUGAUUUAAAUAAAAAAUACUUAUAUGAAGAAGAAAACAAAUUUUUAUUAGGUGAAAAAAAUGAUAACUAUUUACUAAAUCACAUGAACACGAAUUACGGUUCAAAUAUUAAGAAAAUUGGUAGUAACGAAAAUAUAGGAAAUAAAAAUGUGUUCCCUUCAUUAAAAUAUCAAUAUACAAGUGCAAAUUAUGAAAAUUCUUUUUAUCUUAAUUUUGAUAAAAUUUUCUUUGAAACAGUUAAAAAUAGAAAAAGUUCUUUUAAUUUUUAUUUUGAUACCAUUUACAAUACACAAUAUUUAUUUAAUUUUCUAUUACAUAAUUUCCUGUUCUAUUCAAAAGACGCAGAUGAAUAUUCCAAAAAGUACUUAUUAAAUAUUUUAUUGCAUAAUAAUAUAACAAGAUCAUCUGAUAUUAACUUUUAUUCGAAUAAAAUAAAAAACUUGAAUUCUCAAUUUAAUGAAUCUCAAUCCAGGCUAGAAAUUUAUAAACAAGAUCUUGAGAGAUAUAAAGAUGUUAUUAAUGUUUUAAACAAAGAAAUUGAAGAAAAACAGAAUGCUCAUAAUGUUUUAAUUCAAAAAAUUAGAAAAGAGAAUGAAAUGGAAAUUGAUAGAAAACUUCAAGAAAAUAAUAAUUUGGAGAAUAUUAUUUCUCAAAAAAAUGAUAUAAUAGAUGAAUUACAAAGAAAAUAUGAAGAAGUAUAUUUGCAAAAAAAAGAAACAGAAGAAGAAAAUGUAAACAUAAAAAAUAAAACCGUUUCAAUGGAAUCAUUAUUAAAAUCUCUUCAAUCAAAAUAUACACACAUGCAAUCUCAGAAUAAAACUUUAAAUAACAAAUUAAUUGACCAGAAAAAUAGAAUCAAUGAGGGAAUAAGUAUUAUUAAUUCUCUUACCAGUGAGAAUGAAAAAUUAAAAACCAUAGAAGAAAAUCAAAAUAAUGAAUUAGAAGGAACUUUCAAAAAAUUAAUUGUUGUUGUUAAAGAAUUAAGUGAUAAAAACAAAGAAUUGGACGAAAAAGAAAAAAAAAUCAAAACAUAUAAUGGUGAUAUCCAAGAAUUAAAAACGAUAAUCAACAAAAGCAAUAAUGAUUUAAAGGAACAAGCAUUAAUAAUUGAAAAUUUUACUGGAUUAAACAAAAACCUAAAUGAAGAACUUAAUAAUGCUAAUAAAAAUUUAGAAUUAUCAAAAAGAUACAUUAUGAAUUAUGAAAAAAAUGAAGAGGAAAUGAAAAAUCGCAUAAUGAAGUUAGAAAAGGAACUAUAUGAAAAAAGUGAAGAAUGUGAAAUAAAAACCCAAAAGUUAAUUAUGAAAGAAAAGGAGUUAUCUGAUAAAGACAUACAACUUAAAAAAAUAGCAUCAGUUAUUAUAAAUUAG